AUGCUCGAGCACCACGCUGAACAUGAACAUCAUAGCACCAUCUUUCUAAUUGGUUCUUGGAUAAAUAUCUUUCUCUACUCGACGGAAAUAACUCUUGGGGUCUACUUCUUCCUGCACCACAAACAAAAUCGAUUCCAAAAAUUCAGCCUGGGAGGCUCGCUUCUCCUAGAUACUGUGUGCACUAUGUUUGUGUGCUACUUCGCAUGGCUUCACACUGCUCCGAAGUCACUGAUUGAUGAUACAAAUUCACGCGAGGGAGUUGUUAUCAUACUCACCUACCUGGUUUCAGUCUUGGAACAACUCUACCUUGUUCACCGAUACUGGAUUCUUGCUCGGAACAGAAUCGUUGUAUCAUUUGUCCUCCUCGGGGCUAUAAUUCAUUUAGUCUUUGGCUUUAUUACCGGCAUCUACGCCUUGCUCCUUCCUGAUCUAGUGAAUCGGUACGGCGUUCCUUCAAUCGCGGUCGCGGCUGUUACUUGUGCUGCCACGGAUCUACUUAUUGCGAUAAAUAUGUUCCGCGCGGCACGUAGCGUUGAUACUGUAGACGCCCCCACGCAGAGCUUGUUGUAUCGUCUGUCAUUGGUCGCGAUAACUAGCGGGGUCGUUACUGCGAUUGCGGCGACUUUCAAGGUCAUCUUACUCUUCACGUCUAUCCAAGCAUUCGUUUUCGUGUUCAAUCUCGUCGGUCGACUCUACACUCUCACUAUAGUCGGCAACUGCAUCGCACUUAAACGUCAUAAAAAUCCUGGAGUCGUUGAUGAUUCAAGCCAGGCUGCGACGUCGAGUGAGACGCAAACCAGAAGAGACUCAAGAUUCGGUCUCCCAGGCUCGGUGGUUUUAACACCCUUGGACCUUCACACAUUCACUAUUCCAGAGGAUAUUCAAUCGGACAGCGAUGUCCCCUCGGCCAUCAUCACACGGAGUUAA